AUGGGGACCUCUUUCCUGUUUCCUAUUUUGAUUACAUUAAACUUCUUCUUCUUCACCCUCACCUCAUCUUCGACUUUAAUCACUGAUCAAGAUGCUCUUCUUGCUUUCAAAAAUGCCACUGUAGACACAAAUGGUGUGUUGCGCAACAACUGGCUCACCAAUAUUUCCAUAUGUGAUUGGGCGGGGGUCUCGUGUGGCCUCAAACACCACAGGGUCACAGACCUCAACCUCUCCAACUUCGCCCUCUAUGGAAGCCUCACUCCACAUCUGGGAAACCUAACGUUUCUUCAGUCUUUGGACAUCAGCUCCAACAACUUCACAGGCGUCUUACCUACUGAGCUAGCAAAACUACGCCGUUUGAAGCAAGUAAACGUGGCAUAUAACAACUUCCGUGGAGAAAUACCAAGAGGUAUCCUUGUAAACAUGUCUGUACUGGAAACAAUAGAUCUGAGAUUUAACAAGCUAUCGGGCAAGCUCCCAAGUGAUAUAUGCAACAAUACUCCGAAACUUAAGAGAUUAUUUCUCAAACGGAAUCAAAUAUAUGGAAAAAUUCCAACGAGUAUAUAUAAGUGCAAAGAGAUGGAGGAGUUGAGCUUGUCAAAAAACCAAUUCAAUGGCAACAUACCUACUGAAAUUGGCAAUUUGAGCAUGCUUACUCUUUUAUCUAUAUAUGGCAACAAUCUCCAAGGAAAUAUUCCGGCUUCUAUCUUCAACAUUUCAUUGUUGCAAUUCGUAUACCUCAAUGACAAUAAUUUUUCUGAAAGUAUACCCACGAAUUUAGACAAUUUACUCAACCUCCAAGAGUUGUAUCUUUACUCAAACAAUUUAACAGGUGAGUUGCCUGAAGAGCUUGGUAAUCUAGCAAACAUCGAGUUCUUAACAACAUCCUUCAACGAUUUGUUGUCUGAUCCCAUCCCCUCUUCCAUCUUCAACUUAUCAAAUUUGGUGAUACUCUCUCUUCAACAAAACCAGUUUUCUGGUAGUCUUCCUUCAGACAUGGGGAUCUCACUUGCCAAUCUCGAAGAACUUUAUUUAUUCUUUAACAGACUCACAGGCGAAAUUCCGGCCUCUAUCACCAAUGCUUCUCAGCUUACUGUUAUAGAAUUGAACAGAAACUCAUUCUCUGGUCCCAUUCCCCACUUUGGUAGUCUCAGAAAGCUGGAAACCCUUCGCCUUUGGGAAAAUAAUCUGACUGGAGCAGACUCUCCGAAUCAAGAAUUGGAAUUUCUCUCUUCGUUAACAAACUGCCAGAAUUUGCUGCACUUGGAAAUUACCAACAAUCCGAUGAUGAAUGGUAUCCUUCCCGCUUCGAUUGGGAACUUAUCUGCUUCUCUUGACGCCUUUUCAGCGUCUAACUGCAGCAUCAGAGGUAUUAUUCCUCUUGAAAUUGGAAAUUUAACAAGUUUGGAGGUUUUGGAUUUAUCCAAGAAUCAACUCACAGGAUUCAUCCCAACAGUGGGAAAACUAAAUCAGCUUGGAAAGUUGCAUCUUUAUGAUAACCAGCUACAAGGAUAUAUCACUCAUAGUCUUUGCCAAAACAUUGCUUUAUUAGAGUUAUAUUUGGAUAGUAAUAUGCUUAUAGGUUCAAUACCUGAAUGUUUGGGAGAUAUUAAAUCCCUUCAAAAGGUGACGUCUCGUCAGUGGGAGCUUCGUGGAAGAUCGUCUCAGAGAGAGAACUCACGCAGGGGACGAGUUCGUUUAGUGAGAUGA